GUCCACGACAGCAGUGACGUAGCAGUGACGAGCUCUGCGUCCUCCGGACAGUGCUUUGUCUCCAGCCUUACAGCACCAACAGACUGAUUUAUACUGAAAUUAAGUGAAUAUAAAACCACGCCGGUGAUACCCAUUAGUCAGACGUUUAUCAGAGAUAACUAUGAGUAAACGGAAAGCGCCACAAGAGACCUUAAACGAGGGGAUCACAGAUUUUCUCAUUGAAUUGGCCAAUUAUGAAAGAAAUGUCAACAGGGCCAUCCAUAAAUACAAUGCCUACAGGAAAGCUGCAUCUGUGAUUGCUAAAUACCCAAACAAAAUCAAAAGUGGCACUGAAGCAAAGAAGCUGGAUGGAGUUGGUGCCAAGAUUGCUGAGAAAAUAGAUGAGUUUUUAUCUACAGGGAAACUUCGUAAACUGGAAAAGAUUCGCAGUGAUGACACCAGCUCAUCUAUCAACUUUUUAACUAGAGUGACUGGAAUCGGCCCGGCCGCUGCAAGGAAGUUUUAUGAUGAAGGAGUCAAGACCUUGGAAGAUCUGAAAAAGAUUGAGCACAAGCUGAACCACCAUCAGCAGAUUGGCCUAAAAUACUUUGAAGAAUUUGAGAAGAGAAUUCCCCGUUCUGAGAUGCAGAAAAUGGAGGCUCUGAUCAUACAAGAGCUAGAGAAGUUGGACCCGGAGUACAUUGGCACCAUUUGUGGCAGCUACAGACGAGGAGCAGAGUCGAGUGGUGAUAUUGAUAUCCUGCUAACCCACCCAGACUUCACUUCCGAGUCUGAGAAACAACCCAAACUGCUUCAUGCAGUGGUGGAGCACCUGGAGUCUAUUGGCUUUGUUACUGAUACCCUAUCCAAAGGAGACACUAAGUUUAUGGGCGUAUGUCAGCUGCAGAGGCAGGAGGAGGAUGAGAAUGAUUAUGAUCACCGGCGUAUUGAUAUCAGGCUCAUUCCUAAAGAUCAGUAUUACUGUGGUGUGCUGUACUUCACUGGAAGUGACAUAUUCAAUAAGAAUAUGAGGACUCUCGCCCUGGAGAAAGGCUUUACCCUGAAUGAGUACACUAUCCGUCCACUAGGGGUCACUGGUGUACCUGGAGAGCCAUUGCUGGUGGACAGUGAGAAGGACAUAUUUGACUACAUCCAUAUGAAAUACAGAGAACCAAAGGAUCGCAGCGAGUGAAAAAAGAUUGAGCCGGAGAGACUUCAAUAAAGAGUGAACUUGGAGGUGCUUAGUCUCUUCAUCGUCAGAGACAAAAUCCCAAAACAUACCACCUCAAGCUGUUUGCAUGUGUGUGUGAGUGGGUAGCUCAGUGAUAGGUCACAGUCUUUUUUUUUAAUAAGCAAGAGAAGCCAUUUAGGAUGUAGAGUAGGGUGAUAUGUGUUUUGAGUGAAUAUAUCAGCUAUAAAGAAAUAGCUAAGAGUCUUGAUUUUAUAGGCUGGGAGAAUUAUACAUAAUAUCAUGCGGAUAGUGAGUCUGAACGACAGAAAAACCAUCAGACUGAAUGAAAGAGCUAGACAGUGCUGGCAAUAAGCUGGUCUCAUUUACAUGUUUCUGUAGUAAAUGCUUUUAUUUGUUUUCAUGAACUCAGUAUUUUGUAUACAUGACCUUUUUUAAGGGGGUGGAUAUAUUUCAUGGGGAGGUAAUAUUAUGUUAUUUAAAAUGUUUGUCAUUUUUAUUAAGGUGCUUUAUCGUGUGGAAAAAUUGCCCACCAAGCUGUGACAAAUGGAAGCGAAACACUCUGUUUUCUAUUCACAUGCAGAUCUGAAGUAGUGUUAAACUCAUUUUAUUGUUUUUGGGUUUAGAUGAGCUAAUUUUUGUUAUUCAUGAGAAUGGAUUGUGAGUGGUUUGGAUUUGCAGUGAUGAAAAAAUGACUAAACACAACCAUAAUGCAUCACAGUGUCUUUCCUUGGAAAAUAUUUUUGGUUAUUAUUUUUGUAAACAUGAUUGUCAGAUACGAACAUAGUAAAAUGUAACUGAAAAUUGAAGUAGAUGAUCAGAAUGUUUCAUGCUGCUAUAAACUGGAUGUUAUGCGCU